AUGCCACUAUCAUCCAUCCACAAGCACGAAGGGAACUGUCAAGUCUGCAACAACCACAGAGGCAUCUGCCUGCUAAACAUCGCCGGGAAAAUUUUUGCUCGCAUCCUUCUCAACCGCCUGAAGAAUCACCUGGAAGAAGAAUUCCUGCCGGAAAGUCAGUGCGGCUUCCGCCGUCAUCGCGGGACCACGGACAUGAUCUUCGUUGCUCGCCAACUGCGGCAGAAGUUCCAGGAGAUGCGGACCCACCUGUACUUUAUCUUCGUGGAUCUUAUGAAAGCUUUCGAUACGGUGAAUCGAGAAGGACUGGACAAUCAUGUCGAAAUUCGGCUGUCCAGAGCGAUUCUCUCAGAUGGUGCGUCUGCUCCACGAUGGCAUGCGGCGCGCGUCACGGAAAACAGAGUCGUCUCAGAGGCAUUUGCAUUGUCCAUCGGAUACGGACGUACUGGGAUGGACAGGAAUCCUCGGCACCUACGCCAUGUUGAGACAAUCGCAAUUGUGCUGGAGCGGCCACCUCGUACGCAUAGACCAAGGGAGACUACUCAGACGACUCUUCUACGGUGGUUUCGCCAGGGUUCUCGCCAACAACUCCCCUUCCUCCUCCAUUGCCUUAGCAUCCCCUACAGCGGCCCCAGUUACCACCACCACUGCACACAAACCUGGCACACCAACAGACAUCAAACUCACCAUCGUCAAAGCUAGCAAUGUGGAGUCGGUCCAAACCUGUCCUCGUUGCGACCGCACCUCCACCUCACGCAUUAGCCUGGUCGAUCACUUGCGAGCCCAUCGCACAGAGGCUCACGGACCAGUGCCUAGAGCACUAAUAUUAACUCCACACAUCCGCCCCCACUGUCCACACUGCACCCGCACAUUCACUCGCCGCAUGGACCUUCUAGGUUACAUGCGUAUUAACGAGAGCGGUACUGACCGCAGUCGCGACACAUCUAGCAUCUCCAGCACAUUCGCCAUGUCUAGAUCAACCCACACCCCGCCACUCAGCACACCCACGACCACCGGCCACACUACACUCAGCACACCUUUCACAUCCAUCUCAGUCCAUAUCCUGUGGCCAAGCGCGUCCACCAUCAGCAGCUCCACCGCGGCCAACCUCUCCGAAACCGACACUGACACCGCCGACUCCUCCUGUCCACACUGUCCUUGUACAUUCACCCCACGCAUCUGCCAAGUCUGUCACUUGCGGAUCCAUAGCACAGAGCCUGGCGAACCAGUGCCUGGAGCACCAACAUUCAUCAGACGCAUCCACACUGCAGCGCACAUUCCCCCACUGGCUAGGUCGCAUUUGGUAGCCAGGACCCGUAUUAAAAGGUGGCGGGGGGUUUGUUUACUGGGGCUUUUUGUGAGGCUCCAUAAUCACAUCUGACCCAGUUGGCUUUCGUUUUACGUCUGAGGUUAGGAUUAGGGUAUCGGUUAAUGGUUUCCGAUUUUCGGGUUAGGGUUACGCCUUUAGACUUAGAUUUUCGGGUUAUGGUUAGGGUUUAAGGGUACGAUUAAGAUUCAGUAUUACGGUUGGGUUUUUCAGUUACGGCUGUGUCUAAGGACUACGGUUACGUUUGCGAUUUCGGUUAGGGUUUGGGUUUCCGUUAUGGUUAACGGUUAACGUUUAGGUUUGAGGUUAGGGUUAAGGUUAGGAUUAUGGUUAAAGUCGCCAUUCGCUUGCCCAGUCCUGGCUAUCAACUGCGAUCAAGCCCACCCCGCUGUAUGAGCCUAUAAGGCCGCACGGGCAUUCCUGAACACCUGCGGUAGACAACCGCCGGCUACGCCACACCAUCACACCUUCCUCUAGCUAGAUCACGCAAAAUCAUCAUCCACCACAAGCGACCAAUCGCCAUCUCCUACGCAAAUGAGAAGUGUUCGCCUCGGCUCCGUCCGCAUGCGGUCCCUCUGUUGCAUGUGUUUUCUAAAACUCUCCUAACCCCAACUCUAGAUACAGGAGUUUAGGGCAGGGCCACCUGUAAUAUGUUGGGUUCAUACUCCCGUACCUAAACUGAUGAACUAAUCUGAAAUUUUAAAUGAUUUGCUUUUCACUGAUCUGGCGCCAUUCACUGCGCUGGUCGGUUUUAUGCCAACAAGACAUAAAGAAGCCAUUGGUCACAGGAAUAUGCAUCCCGUACUACAGGUGGCCUUGAGUUAUAUUCCAGGGAGACACCGAUUCUCGUAUCCAAAAUUUAAUCCUAGCGCUAACCCUUAUCAUCCUAACCCAGACACUAGUCCUAAUUCUCCUGGGAUUUGGAGCAAGGUUACCUGCAUUAUGGGAGGUUCAUAAUCCUGUGCCCUAACAAAGGAACCAUUGAGAAGUUAUCCGCGACAUGCACAAAGUCAUUGGAGAUUUAUGCAUCGUUCCGCGCACCCAUUGAUACGUCGUUUGCGCCUGGGUUUCCCACUGCCGAACUCUCCUGUGCGGCUAAUUGCAACGGGCGCGAUACUUGCUUAGUUGGCCGUUAGGUGCUGACCAUUCAUCUCGCACAUUGGUACGCAGCACGACGAGUACUUCUCAGAGUUGCCCCCACGAUACCAGUUCUUACAACGAAGAUCUUCCACCUGCUUCUCGCAGGACUUUUUCUGCGUGAGACAUCGGACAGCGCGACAGUAACGUGCCCGGGUAUUGCAACAACAGUACCGGAAUUACUGACUGAGACUAGUGUAAUUGAUUCUACUUGACACUGAUCUAAAAGAUGAUGAAUUAUCAAACAGAGUGCUGGUCUUCCAGACUGCUACGGCAAUCUUUUUGCACUGUAGUCGAGUGCCUACUUUAGAGAACCGUGUUAAACACUACAAGAGGACUGCAGCGAAUGCAUGAUCCAUAUGAAGGUUUAUAAUGACUGCCCCGCCCCUAACAAGUCGAUGGCGAAGGAUGCCAUUUUCGAUUGGCUAACUGAGAAUGGAGUACAUCCGACCCUCAGCUCGUUUAAGUUUCAGUAACCUUGACUAGCAUGAGACCAUAUGCCAGAAGCACCAGGCUGUGUGAUUAAGACGUGCUCCUUAAAUUAAAGUCAUUUUGGAAAAGACCACUGCUUGUUUCAGCGAUGCAUUAAGAGGUUUCGUUGAAUUAAGAAAACAACAUAUUGAGGUAAUUUUAACAACUAGACAAAGACGUUUAUUUAAAAUACACACGUUUCACUUUAAUAGCAACCUCGAUUGUGCGCCUGCUAUUUCCAACGUUUCAAACUGUGCACCCAAGCCAAAACUCCUAAGCCCGGUUUUCAAAAUGGUCCCCCAAAUUUUCCGUUGCUUCUUUUUCAGGGAACAUAGCAUUGUUGCCUAUCAUCGACUUCUUUUUUCCCUACCCCGUGGGCACAGCUUCCCGCGAAGUUUAUUUUACCAAGCUGACGGAGACAAUUUUUCCCAGUCUCUGUUUUCUUCUAAUCGACCACCCAGGUGGCCAUUUAUCAGGUCACAUUGUGGCAUUCGCUGCAGUAGGUAAUCGUGCGUGCACGGACAGUCUAGUCACUCCUUGAUGACAUACAUAAAUUGUAGUUUGCCGUCGACAAGAGGCGGAACUCAUGGUUUCAUUUCUAUUGCCGAUUUUUCUUUUUCUAUUUAAUCUACACCCCUUUUUGGUUUGCGCAAGGUUUGAACGAUCUUACCGUGUGAGGCGAUUUGCCGUGGUUGCAUCUUUUGGGUCUGAUCAGAUCCAAAUCCCUUUUUUGACUGUCGUCAUUUCAUGGGCAGCAGGUUUUUUCUCUUAAAGCCUCCAAAUUAUACAAAACAUCUAUGAAAACCACCAUUCCCUCUAUUUAUUUAUCAGGAGUUUUCUCACUGCUGGCCGGACUUAUGCUUAAUCUUUCCCUGACAAUGCCUGUAAACUGGCAUUAAAUACAAUCGGGUGUCGUUUAUCAGAUCCCAUGUCGGGACUGCCCUCACCACUACGCAGGACAGACCGGACGACGACUUAGCUCACGAAUAACGGAGCAUAAGCGGGCAGUCCGGAGAGGCGACCCGUUGUCUCAGGUCGCUACUCAUACCCUGGUGGAAGGCCAUUAAUUCAACUUCGCGAGCACGCGAAUAGUGGCGCGGCCAGCAAUAAGACGGUGAGAACUGUUGAAGGCCUGGGUGUCUGACGCCUACUCAAUCAACCGACACGUUGAAAUACCCCUCUGAUAUCACGCGCUCCGUUCCCGCGGCCAAGAGGCGAGACCGAAUUUCCAGCCAAGGGUGCACGCAGUCACGCCGCCGUGAGACGGCGUGGGACUCAGCUUAUCGCGAAUAGCACCCUCUGCACUCAUAUCAACCCCCCCUUCAUGGCUUGACUACAAAAACUGCUCAUUUGAUGUCGCAUUCUCACAGCCUCUGACGAUGGCCUCCUGUACGAGUGCGAAAGCUCAGACUUAUACACCUACUAUUCCAGAGAUCGUUUGUUCACCUUCUUUACAAUUAUUAUUAUUAACUUUCGCUUUCUGUGUAUCUCCAUCUAUCUCAAAGCUUAAAAGGUGGAAACUGACCUGCCCGUUUAGACCCUUCCAGCGCACGACGAAUUUCCUACAAUAUAAAAAUAUUCAGGGAGUCAUAUUAUGCGAGAAUUUCCCCUAACCUCGAAUCGAGAGCGCGCCCGCAUUCAAGCGUUUCCAUUGGCUGGCUUAAGCAGCAUUCUAGAAAUCAUUUUCCUCUGAACUUUUAUUAGCACCGUCUGCCCAGCCGCAAAUUUCCGGUUUUUAAUUAACUGCAGCGUAAGCAAUUUGGCGGGCGGCAUAAAGCGGUCGAAGACCAAGCGGCGUCCUCUUGAGCCAACAGAAAACUAGGCCAUGAGGUUUGCCGAGGCGCUGUGGUAUUGCCUGUCGUGUUCUAUUUGAAAAAAGACCGCUUUCGGUUGUGCAAAAGUAACGGUCUCAAGUUCACAGUCUGCAAAGGAAGAAAAACCACACGUCGGCUCAAACAACCCCCGUUGAUGUAAUGCCCGGUUAAGAAGGCAAUUUGCCAUUACUGUUAUUGCCUUUACUUUGAGGCCAAUAAAAAAACACGUCUGAGAAAAAGAUCGAUCAGACAGAGGCCCAUUCACUGGACAGGUUAAGCGCUGCCGCCAAACCUAAGUUGGUAGAGCACCCGGCACAACAUGCAGAGAUCUGUCGCUCGAUCCCAUCUACUAAUAUGCUCUCUGAAUGUCUAAGGUUCCCCCUCCCAGAGUCUAUUUUAGGGCAGAAGAAUUUUUUAAAUCCGCAUUUUAAGUUGUUUAGACAUUAGGAAUGGUCAGCAGUACGGUCAAUUAGUAAACCAGCCCUUCUUUGCCCUGUCCACAUAUUUCCUCUGACAUAUUUGAUUAACCGUUGAGUCUAUUAGUAGGGAGAAUGGUUUUGAAGUCCUUGUGAUGGGAAAAACAGGUAGUUGCUGGAACUUGACCAUGCCGACAAUUUCGUCGCUACUUGUAAAAUGCUUCAUGUUGAAGCUGUCGAGACUUUAAAACGUUUGCGAAUUCGACUUCAAAACCUGCUCGACAGCAGGUGGGUGCAAGUCGCAUUGCACAAUUGAGGUAGCAUGCUAUCGUCCAUGCAAUUCUAUCAUCAUUUUUUUUUCUAAAGACUUGUUAAUACACAAAGCAUCCGGUACAGGCAUAUCCAGUCUCUAGACAGAGUCAUUUCAUCCUGCGUACUCGUUCAAGGAAAACUGUUCUGACCACGAACAUGCUCGAUACGCAAGGGUUAGCUGGUACGAUUUCUUUUCUGCAUCGAAGUGCCCGGUUCGAUGUCUCAGUUGUAAGCUUGUCGGAUUAAAAUUUACCGCAACUGACUGCUGCACAAAACUCAUAGAUGAUGCCUGGAUUGUUUUAUUGACAAGCGCAAGGAAGUUAGAAUUGCUACUUCCGAUUUAUCCGCCGUUCUUUUCCAGGCAUUUUCAAUUUACCAAAUUCUGAGCUUUCCAGCCGGUCCGGUAGCUUUCGGAGGCAGAAGAAAGCUAAUAAAUGAGUUAGCCAGUACAUCCGGCUACCUCACACCUACAAGACCCGGCGGACAUCUGGUACGAAUGCCUACACAGCGCCAGUCGGAUCGUCAAACCCUGCAGCUGCAUGCAGUUACGAAAGCCAUAAGCCGAUGGGAACUCCCGAUGGGCUCAGACAGUGAAUAGGACAGACGUAGCCAAACAUGCAGACGAAAAGUCAGCGCGCUCUAGGGCGACCAUCACCCCCUUGAAAGCUGGCUGCACGUGGGGCUAACUAGUAUAGAGAACAAACAUCGAUGAAGACUAGGAAGAUUGAAAUGGUCAUAUCUUGCCAGUCAAUCCUCAUAAGUCAGCCAUAUCCUUAGCCCAGUUCUGCUUUUAAAAUUAUGAGUGGCCACGUGGAAAGCUAAAAAAAAUUGGACAAAAACGGAUAUACUUAGAGGUUGCGCUCAUUGACCUCUUUUGGUGACGAAAGAACAGUCAAAUAUCAUCAUCGUUUUAUAUUUGUUGUUUAAAAUUUGACUAUUAUCAAUUAAAAAGUCAAAUUGGCGAACACGUGUUUUCAGCAACCCUUCAUCAGGCCAAAACGGUUACAAAGAAGUUUAAGUGAUGCGAAUUACAUGACUUAUAAAUGAUUCAGGGACAAUCAACAUAGAUCGUUCCCACGCCACUCGCAUGACUAGGCGUGCUAUGGCGUGGUCGGCGUGUCGUAUCAAUUACUCGAUUCCGCAACCAGUGUGGGGGAAAAUUAGACCAAAUUUCUGUGUUUAACCUGUAAUUUGAACACACCGGUAGGAAUCUAGCCCAGUGUUCCGACGUUUUACGCAUUGUUAUACCGGCAGAAAGAAUGUGAGAGUGCCAAGGCCGACUUAUCACCACUGAUACUUAAUGCAGUAGCAGUUGGCUGCGCUAAAGCCUUUCCCCUUACUGCGUGGGUUCGAAUCCCACCGAGGCGCCGUUUUUCACAAUUGGGUCAAUAUGAAUUAUUCAAAAUCUGCCAAAAUAUCAAUAAUGCAUUAUAGUUGCUACUUAUUUCACUUCGGUAGGUUAAAUUAAUUUGGGCUGUGGUCGCUGUGGUUUUGUGCCGGAUACUCGGGCUCGCGUUCCUACUAAAAGCAUAUUCCGUUCGGCAAACGGCUCAUACCAGAGGCUUUCUGCUGACUGGUCUUAUCAUACUGUUCUGUCGGUGGCCACUCAUACUGGCCUAUGGUUAUACUAGCGGCUUUAAGGCCUGACACACAAGAACCAAAUGAUUUUGGGUCCGCACGCUAUCCGAUGAUCAACUAGGUGAGGGACAAACCGUACAGGUGUGGUUGGUCGCACCAUUUGCCUUAUGUAGAUAGUGGCUGUUCCGUGUGGUCGGUAACUAGCACUCAAUUUUCAUAUGUGACACAUUGAAACCAGGCUCUGCCUAGCGGCUACAUCGCGGUAGCCUCUUCGACCGGCAUGCUGAACCAGAUAGGGGUAUCCGGUGUCGUAUAAGUCCGCACAGUCGGCAAUUCUGCUUCUCUUUCCAUUCCCACCCUAUCCUACCUCAGAUUUCGAAAAAUCCUACGAGAAAGACAACAUGCAAUCUCAUAGGCUGCUUAGGCUGGGCUGUUUAAGCAACCAAAUUUGGGGACAGCAUUGCCUAUGCUCCUCGCGGGAGGAGGGACAUCUGCAAAAAGACCGUGGCUCGCAGAUGUACAACCGACGGUCGAAUCAAGAUAAUGAAAAAUAACUUCAAUCCUUAUUACCUCCGCCACACACCCCAGACUACUUCAGUGGCUCUAUUCACUCUGGCGGCCUGUCAUGUGUGUACUCUUUUAGAUAAUCUGAGGAGCAACCGGCCGGAAAGGAGAACGUCGCUGGUCACUCGAGAACUAGCGUGUCAUAAUGUGGAUGUCGAUGCUUUCAGCGAGACAUGAUUUUCCGAAUAAGGCUAACUGGGGGGAGGUGGGUGCGGACUGCACCUUCUUCUUGAGCGGCCACUCAAAGACAGAGUGACAAUACGUUGGCGUCGCAUUAGCCACUCAGAAUAACAUCGUGGGAUGACUUCCAGUCCUUCCCCAGAGCAUUAACGAUCGUCUCAUGAAUCUGCGCAUACCUCUUCGGGGAACACAAUUUACCAUCUCUCCCCAAUGACCAACACUGAGGAAGUGAAGAACAAGUUCUGCGAGGACCUGCAGGUCUUUUUAGCGACUGUGCCGAAGGCGGACAAGUUGACUGUCCAUGGUGACAUCAAUGUCCACGUCGGAAUAGACUACGCUGCUUGCGAGGGGGUGCUGGGUCCUCAUGAGAUCGGUUCCAGAAAUUAAAACGCAUCCUCCCUCUAUGAACCUGCGCAGAACACUGCCUCCUCCUAGCCAACAUCUCCUUUCUUCCGACACUGAAGAAGGCAGCCUAAAUGCAUAAGCGACCGCAACGCUGGAUAGCUGCGCGCUCAACACCACGACAGAAGCAGAUAUGCAACGAGACAUGGGCCUUUCGUAGCCGACCGUGCACAUUCCGGACUGACCAUUAAAACAGAUAAAAUAGUGAUCAUGUGCUAGCUGUUGCCCAGCACUGCAUACAACGACCUUCACAUCAGUAUUACUGACACCAUAUUUAAAACUAUUGAGUAAUUUCGUCUACUUAAACAGUACACUUUCACGGACUGAAGCGAAUGCUCGUCUUCUAGGUGUAUGUAUGAGUAGGAAAGAAGAGGGCUGUUCGAUCGUGUGGGCCACGUCUUUAUUUCCGGAGAUUUCAAACUCGUCCUGGAGUCAAAAAUAAAAGUGGAAACAGAAAAAGCAAUAGUUAUAGGGAGUGUGAGGCAAUCAAACAUCAGUGACGUCAGUUCGGAAGUGACUGUCCAUGGCUCUCUUUGCCGGCACCAGUUCGAUACAUCGGUUGAUUGAGUUCUCGUCUGAGGCACAGACUUCAAUCAGCUUGCGACUUAUUUUGCUUCUGGCAUGGGCGAUUAUCUUCCCGGCGGCAAAGUCAAACUCGUGAUCUGUUUCGUAGGUGUGGAGAACCACUUCUGAUGAUCCGUCUCACCGUCGCAUAGCCAGCUUAUGUUCGCGCACGUGCUAUCCGAACAUGCGUUCAGUCUGGCCUGUGUAAUUACAAGGGCAGUUUAGGCGUUGGAUACGGUAUAAUACACGAGAUUUCUCACUGAGAUUUGAUCGGUUCUUGAGUUUCGUGACCCUUCUGGGUAUGGCAGCUUUGAGUCUGUGUAAAAUCUACACCUAAUGACGCAUUACUGCGCUCAGACGCCUCUGGUACGUCCUGGAUGUACGGCAGACCAUGCCGCACCACAGGCGCUGUUUCUGGUCAUGUCCUCCUAGGCGAACCUGUGAGCGUCGACUUAUGAGCGGCUUUGGCUGGAUGUUCUCGAUAAACUGAUCAAGAAAUUAUCGGACUUCAUGUGCUCCCUCCUCAGAGUUUCCGAAAUGAGUCUGAAUCCGUUCGAAGAGUGUUCUAAUUCAGCUUCGUUUUUGUGCCCCCGGAUGGUUAAUGUGAAAACUGGGGAGCUGUGUGAUUGUUGUCGUUUUCCUGCAUAUCCCUAAUUCUCCCCCACCUAGUACAUUCCCAUGCAGCACCAAAAUGGAUAGUGAAGUUGUGGAACGGAUUUCAAAAGCCAGCCAGGCUUUUGGACGGUUGUAGGCAUCAGCGUGGAAUCGCCAAGGUCGCCAUCUUAAGACCAAAUUCCAGAUGUAAAAACUGUCGUCUCGAUAACACUGUUGUAUGGAGCGAAGACCUGGACAGUUUAAGAAAACCAGGCGAGUUGCCUCAACCGCCUUCACUUCAUCUGCCUCCGAAUUAUACUGAAGUUGAGAUGACAAGAUAGGAUUCAAUACUCAGAAGUCCUUAAAAGAACCAAAAUCCUCUGCAUUCUCACCCUACUGAGGCAAACUCGACUGCGUUUAAGCGACCACCUCGAAAGGAUGGACAAUGGGUGCCUAUUCAAAUAACACUUCCAAGGUGCUGUCGCUGAGGAUGGUCGCCGGCAAGAAGAAAAGAUCCGAUAAGCACCACUCGAAGAACCCUGUCAAGCACCUACAAAUCGACCCGGUGUCCUUGGAGGACCUCUCUUGGGAUCGACCGGCCCGGAGUAGAACAGUGAAGACUAGAGUGAGAAUCUACAAAACCAGCUGGAUAGCCGCUACCAAAUCCAAAAGAACGGCUCACAAGUUCCAAGCGCUCCCGACUCACAAUGCACACACACCCACUAACGUGCCCACGCGCGCGCAUCGGUCACGCUCGACAUCUUCGGACCCCAUAUCACAACAAACCGACAACUCCACCUACUGCCUCUUUAAACGUCCCCAUCGCCCUCCCUGCAUCAAACCUCACGUCGGUCACGGCAGUUACCAUCUCAAUCACCACCAGUGAUCACGCUCCUGAUUACAUCGUCGAUCACCCCCAUCAUCCUUUACACAACCCCCGCGACGGAGACUACCACCUCUUCCACUGCCGCCGCCGGCGAGGACACGCCCGACUCCCCGUCAACGAUCACCCCCGCCCCAUCACCAGCAGUAUGGACUUGGCCCCAACGUGUCCACAUUGCGACCUUCACACCACGCAUAGGCUUGGACGGUCACGUGCGAAUCCAUCGCAGUGAGACCGGCAAAUCAGUGCCUGGAACCCCAACUUACACCCGCCGCAUCCGAGUGAGCUGUCCACACCGACUCCGCAUAUCCGGUCACUGCAUGAACCUAUUUGGUCACAUGAAUGUCCAUGACGACAAAAUUCAUACCAAUAUCGACGCGCUCAGCACAACUUACAUAUCCGACAACUCGCCCACAUCUAGCUCUGCUAGCUCCCCUUCAUCAGCGUCAUCGUAA